GCUGAAGUGCAAAAAAAAAAUAUAUAAAGAAAGGAAGAAGAUCCUGUUUCACUUUACAGCCUGCUCUUCAUUUGUCAAUAAGGCCUUGAUCCUUUACUCCUAUUGAAAAAAGUAAAGUGUAACAGAAGCGGAGCAGAGAGGAGCUCAGAUUAAGAAUGAACCUAUAUGGAAUUAUACAAACAAGGAGCCUGGGACUGACAGCUAAAUAUGGAGCAGAUAUUAACACAGCUGAACCACUUUCUGAAGUGCCAGCAUUUCUCAUCUCUUAACAAUAUGAAAUCUACCUCUGGAGGACUUUAGAAAUCUUUUUGUUAUAGACCAAACAUUCCAAAGACAAAUGAGCAUCUGGCGCAGAGUAAAAUGGAAAAUCUACAGAUCACAGUGGACGAUGAUCUUUCGCCUCCCUACUCUGUUCAGUCUAGCAUAGAGAUAUGUCAAUUUUCUUGGAAUAAUCAGAAUGAUAGAACUUUGUCACCCGCUCACAUAUUGGAGCCAUCCACUCCAGAUCAAGCUAUCAGAAGCACAGAUUUAUAUAGUAGUGAAAAUUCAUAUCUAUAUAAACAAAGUCAAAUUAGGCAAAGCACAACACAAGGAGCUAGUUUUGCCUCAGGUACUAAUUUUGAAGUGCCCUGCAAAGGAAGUAAUGAUUUAAUAUUUGGAAAUGAUAGAACAUUGGACACUUGUACUCCUCGUUCUCAAAAACCCAUCAUAGUUAAAAAGCAGGAUUUUAAAAAGUCAACAAGCAGUUCUGCACAGGAUGUAUUUUGGGCAAGCAUGCUACAAGCUCAGCUGUGUGUCAUGGAACUAGAAGAUGAAAUCUGCAAGCAAGAGAUGCCAGAGGCUGGUGAGACAUUUGAUCUCAAUUCAGGAGGGUCAAAGAGCUGCUUGGACUCUUCCACUUCAAUAGAUAAAGAAGAUGAAACAAGGGAGGAAGAUCUGGUUUGUUCAGAUACCAAGGAGAAUGAUGAGUAUCUCUGCUCAGAGGAGGAGAUAGAAGAUGAGAGCUUGUUUUGUGAUAAUCCUUUAUUCAUGGUGUCUCUACCGCUUCAUCCUAUGGAUGACAAUUUACAACUAUCUCAUGAGCUCAACAAUAAUGAGAAAGACCUUAUAUCAUUUGACGAGGUCAAGUGUGAGGUAGCAACGUCAUUGUGUGAGACGCAGCCGCAGGACUUACAGGAUCAAUUUUGUUUUUGGGAAAAUAAAUAUCCAGGUACGAGUACAGAAAUUGGGCAUGGAUUUAUAGCUACAGAACCUUUGGAAAUUCUCCAAAUAUAUGAAGAUGAACAAGAGGAAAGUAAUGCUUUUAAUAAUAUGAGAUCUAAAAAAUGGCCUGCAGCUGAGAAUAUACCUUGUAUCCAAAAGAGUGUUUUCCACAACGAAGACUCUCAGCUCAGCGUUACAGACUGCAACUCUGUGCAGAAGGAGUCAGAAGUUGCUCCUGGUACGAUGAACCCCCACGCAGAUAAAGGUUUGUUGUUUUCAACUAACAAUUUUAACCUGGUGUCAGCACUUUUAGAGGAAGAUGAUUCUGGUAUUACAAUCCUUCCACCCCAGAUUAGCACAGACAAUGAGACAGCUCCAGAGCUGCCACAAAAAACCCGAGCACACCUACGUGAAACAAAUACUCAUCCAGUAUGUCAGGGAUGCAAAGGGCCCACGGACGAGACAUUAAAGGACCCUGGGGUUAAUGAAGUGAACAGAGAAGCUGACUCCAGUCAGCACCAGAAUUCUUCAGAAAUGGCAAGAGAAACAGAGCAGGCUCAAGAAGUCAGAGCAGAGGGAGUUUCGGAGACUUCAAGCUCUGAAGAUUGUGUUGCAAAUGACAGUGGGCAAGAUCUGGAAGCUGCAAGGCAAUUGGCAUAUCGGCUGUUCAACUUGGAUGGUUUUGAAAGAUUUCAGGUAGCUUCUUAUCUCCAAAAAAAUAAUGAAUUUAGUGCCAUAGUGGCAGAAGAAUAUCUUUCACUCUUCGACUUUACUGGAAAGACUUUGGAUGUUGCUCUUAGGUCACUAAUGAAGGAACUGGUGCUUACCGGAGAAACUCAAGAAAGAGAACGUGUCCUGCUUCACUUCUCAAAACGGUGUCAUAACUCCAAUCCCAAUGACUUCAGCUCCUCAGAUGCUGUGCAUACUCUAACUUGUGCCCUGAUGCUUCUGAAUUCCGACUUACACGGACAGAACAUUGGGAAGUGCAUGAGUCUGCAGGAGUUUAUUAAUAACCUAGAUGGUAUGAAUAAUGGAGGCAAUUUCCCUCGGGAACUUCUUAAGGGGCUGUACCAUUCUAUCCGCAAUCAGAAACUGGAAUGGGCUUUGAACGACGGGGAGCUGACAAAUACUUUGGUUCCCAAGCCAGAAAAACAUUCCAUCCGGAAGAAAAGCAGCCCCUUUUUGGACAUGCCUGCACCUGACAUAAAUGAUCCAAUCUACAGAAGAGGAAUGCUAUCUCGCAAAGUACAUGCAGACACUGAUGGCAAGAAAACGCCUUGGGGAAAGCGAAGUUGGAAAGCUUUCUAUACAGUAUUAAAGGGAAUGCUACUGUUUUUUCUCAAGGAUGAGUAUAGAUUAGACUUCCAGUCCCCAGAAGAGGUCAUCAGUGUUCAUCACUCUUUGGCUGAAAGAGCCAGUGAAUAUACCAAGAGACCCCACGUAUUCCGCUUGCAGACUGCUGACUGGCGUGUCUUUCUCUUUCAGGCACAGACAGCAGAAGAAAUGAAUUCUUGGAUUGUUCACAUUAACCUGGUGGCUGCUAUGUUUUCCUCGCCACCUUUCCCAGCUGCUAUUGGAUCUCAGAAGAGAUUUGUACGCCCUAUACUCCCUUUUACUAAGUGCAAGCUUGGCCUGGAAGAGCAGCUGCAGUCACAUGAAUCCUUGAUGGAUGCAUUUACAGAUGAUCUUACAGAGCACCAGCGCAAUCUACCAGACCAGAGUAGCAAAGCACGAGACUGGGAGGAUUAUCAUCUGAGAGAAGAAUACCUGCGAUAUGAGAAAUCCAGAUAUGAAACCUACGUGAAGCUUUUGGCCUUAUGCAUACAAAAUGGCAGUGAAGAUAUCAGUAGUUGGGAGUCUCUGCUAACUGAGCCCGAUGGGUCAGAACAGGAAGGCUGUGGAUUAAAAAGGUCUCACUCCAGCCCUUCACUUAACCCAGAGAGUUCCCCUGUGGUAAUUAAGGUUAAGCGCAAUAUCUCAGAGCGUCGCACUUAUCGCAGGAUUAUACCCAAGCGCAAUAAAUACCUUGCAUGACGACAAUUUUUACUCCCAGACUUUCACCCUCUCUUUUGGACACUUGAGGGCUUUACACUGUCACUGCGCACAAGGUUGUGUGGAUUUUGGAGUUUAUCUGGUUCUUUAUAAAUAAAGAUAUCAGCCUCGAAAGAAUAGAGAAGGAAUCAAAGGAUACAAAAAAGAGAAAGGCCUUGAAAAAAAAAUGGAAGAGGUACGAGUGUCAACUUCCAAACAAAUGGAAUUUGAAUAUUUUUAUUUUAAGUACAAAGAAAUUGUGUUACAUGAUUCUGUAACUGGCAUGUUCCCGUUUUCCCAUAUAUUUUUUCCCCGAAGAAUAAUGGGUUGUUUCACUAGACUGAAUAAUUCUACUCAAGUAUUAGUGCAUAGCUAUCUACAUAUUAUUUGUAGAACUUUUAAAAUGUUUAUAUUUAAUGAAACCUUGUCAAACUAUUUAAGCUUAAGCUAUAUUAUAUUGACUUGCAAAAAAUAAUGUCGUUAUUAGCAUAAGUUUGGUUAUAACUUGACUAUUGUCUACAGUAUACUCUUGCUCAUUUAGCAGUGGUAUCUCUUGUCUCAAACACAUGGUGGCGCCCUUUCAAUGUGUCAGAGUGGACAAGUCAAAAGGAAAGUAAUAUUAUUACAAAUGUUUAUAAAUACCAACUGUUUUCAUCAUUUUCAGCAAUUUAACAUUGUUGACCAUUUUAAUUGUAAUUUUUCUGUUGAAUGCAGCUUUGGUCAUAGUGGUUUUUGCCAUAUUUUUGAACUUUGCACUUGCCAUCAAGCUUUGGGUUUUUAAUUUAUUGAAGUUCACCUUAAAGUUUUAUUUUAGAUUUUAAUGCCUUUAAUACAUUCAUUAGUAAAUUAAUUACCAAACCUUAAUUACACAUAACCAAGUUUUUUCUUGUAAAAUACAAACGGUAGUUACUAUAUUAAAGGCAAAGAAAAAUAAAGUGCUCUCAUUUGCUGGAGAA